AUGCUUACAAUAUUACUGAUUCUCGGUAUAAGUGGAGCCAGUAUUCAGGCAGCCGAAUACCGACUGCUGUUUGAGGACCCGGACAUUUAUUCGUCCUGCACGGAUGGUGCACCAGGGUCCAUUGGAGUCUACGACGCCUUCAACAUGGAUAAUAUGGUUUUCGAACAGGAUGAGGACGGCAUUCACGUGUCAGGGAAUAUCACCACAAAAUGGGAUUUUCCGCGCACUGAUCUCCUUACUGCCAGGUUCCAUAUAAUGCACUACGACCGAGGCACUUGGGAACCGACAGUUAUCAAUUAUUAUACGCCGGACCUUUGCUCUAUUGUUUUCAAUGAAAAUCUGUUGUGGUUUAAAUAUUGGUUUGGAAACAUUGUGAACCGCGAGGAGCUUCAAGAAAAGUGCAUAACAACGAAAGGAACCGUUUGGGUAUUUAAGCCGUUUAUGAUGAAUUUGAGUCUGUCAAACAUACGUAAUGCCAAUUUGAGAGGACGCUAUAAAGUGGUGUUCACCUUUGAAGCAUUCGACGAAAAUAAAAAUCGUCGACCAACAGCAUUGUGCUUUGAAAUGAGGGGCGAGGCCGAAAAGAUAACAUAGCAAUAUCGAUAAAUUCGAACAUUAUUAAAAUUACAUUUCUAUCGUUUUAUCAAAAAUUAUCAUUUGAGGAUAAGGUAAAAAUA